AUGCAACCGUUAAAGAAGAGAACAGAGCCAAGUGUGAAGUCUGAUGUGCCUUGGAUCUUCCAUCCUAAACGCUCUCGAGUGCAUCCAAAAACCUUGGAUGAUAAACAGCUCAGCAACAAAAAGCAGAUCAUUGACGCUGUUCCCCCGAUAAACGAAUCAGUACCUACAACCCAUCAGCCCCAGUUAGAUGGCAAUACUUCAGAGCGGCCUAUGACUGAAGUGUUUGAGUACAACAAUCUGAAGAAAUGGUCUAGUCGGUACGCUCUCUUGAAACAUGACCGGGAUGUGCUGGACCUGUUACCAACCUCAAGACAAGCCCAGAAGUUCAUUCCUACAUUGACAACGGCCGAAAUCAAAGAACUAUCACAAGCAUCUGAGAAAUUAAUUGAAAGACAAGCACUUGGUGUUUGGGAAUGGAAGGAAGGUACCUCAACUGCAAGGUUGCACAAAUACAGAAUACCUGAUGCUAAGACCCCCGCUAUCAAGAACAGAAAAUUCAAAUUCACUGGUUUUGCGUGGAAAGGCCCUUUAGGACAACAACCACCAAGAAUAACGGACCUGCCAGAUGAUAUUUCACAAGGUUCUCAAUCUCUUCGCUGGUACUGGUUCAAAGAUCUCUGGUUACUUUAUUAUUUUGAUGAUUAG